AAUCUCCUCAUAUUCUACUCUAACAUUUGAAGUUGAUAAACACACACACACACUAGCUGAACAUCUACUCAAGACUGCUAUAUGGCUCUGUAUACAUAACGAGCAAAAAUCACCGAGACAAAUGAACAUAAUUUAAGAGGCAGGCAAAUGAUAGACGAACAACAGGCGCUCAAUCUAGUCUUUAUCGUAAAUAUUUUCACAUAUUUAUUAUAAAAAAGUUUGGACGUAAGUGUUUGUUUUUUGUAGGGGUUAAUAUCUACAUAUUAUAGUAGAAAUCUAUUUAAUAAUAAAUACUUCGUCUUAUAUCCACGUCCAUAAUUGAGCAAGAUAAUAAGUUAUCGGGGGGGAGUAAUCUACGAGUGCACGGUUGGCAUCAUGUUUUAUAGCAGUUUUAUAUAAGAUAAAGCCUCUGAUGAUAGGAUUAGCGUUUGGGAUCAAUGAUGACUGUCCCAGUAUGUGUGUGUGUGCUCUGAACAAAUACUAAACAUUUAAAGUAACUAUAAAAAUCCGUACAGGUACAUAUAUGCAAACAUACAUACAUUCCAUACAUAGAUGUGUGUGUGCCGGUGUGUAUGCGUAUGAGGGUGAUUUUCCGGUUAGGUCUAACCACCUACUUACAUGAAUGAAAACAAUGAAGCUGAGCAUCAAGAAAGCGUUCACAUGGGUUUUCUUUGCGAGUAUUUUGUUUCUAAUUAUUUUCAAUUUAUACAACCACAAACUUUGGGUCCACACCUACUCUGCACACAACGACGACGGUAGCGGCUAUAGCAGUAACAUUCCAAAACAUCGGCCUGCUGACCACAAAAAUAUAUUGACAUAUCAAGGAGCAAUUCACGAUAAGCCUUCCUCUUUGUCAUCACUACUUGUCGGCUCCAUCAAAAAAAAGGGACAGCAUGUUCAGAAUAAAAUCUCCAAUAUACGUAACGUAAUAAAUGCCACGCGGCACUAUCGCAAUAAUUCAAUGACUUCUGAAUUCCUUGCAUUAUGGCCUGGGAAUAUAUGGGACGUUGGUGACCGAAUCCAGGCUCAGCUGAAAUACAUACCACCAAACUAUAUUCCUGAUAAAUACCCUCGGAAACAACCUGAGGAAAUUAAUGGUGGAAAUUUCAGGCUGAGAGAUGAAACCGGUCAGAAAAAAGAGCCGGCGCAUGUUAUGAGGAAACUAAAGACAAUAUUAAUAUACAACGGUUUUAGCGUCUUUCAACAAAAACAUGGCCAAGACACGUUUUUGGAUUAUAAGUGUCCGAUCAACACGUGCUACCUUACAGAUGAUAGAACAAAAAGAAGCAGCGCUGACGCUAUACUUUUCUACCAUGGUGUUAGCGCUAUGAAUAUACCGCGACCAUUAAACCAGAUAUGGGUGCUGUACAUGCUAGAAUGCCCUUAUCACACUCCGGGACUUGCUGGCGUAAAGAAUCUUUUUAAUUGGACUGCUACAUACCGUCACGAUAGCACAAUUGUGGCACCGUAUGAAAAAUUCCAGUAUUUCAACGAGUCUGUAAAACAGAAAGAACAAGUGAAAAACUACGCGGCCACCAAAACAAAAAAAGUUGCAUGGUUUGUUUCGAACUGUGGCGCUCAGAACGAUAGGCGUACCUACGCUGAAGAACUUGCUAAAUAUAUCCAGGUUGAUAUAUAUGGGGCUUGCGGCAGCUUUAAAUGCCCCAGGAAUAUUGCCAAAAAAUGUUUUGAAAUGCUUAAUAAGGACUAUAAAUUUUAUCUAGCGUUUGAAAAUUCUAACUGUCGGGAUUACAUAACAGAAAAAUUAUUCGUCAAUGGUCUACAACAUGAUAUCGUUCCAAUAGUGAUGGGCGCACAUCCCGAUGACUAUCGCAAGAUAGCACCACUAAACUCAUACAUCCAUGUGGAAGACUUUAAAUCGCCAAAAGAGCUAGCGGCUUACCUCCACAAAUUGGACCAAAAUAAUAAUCUAUACAAUGCCUACUUCAAGUGGAAAGGAAUGGGCGAAUUUAUAAACACUUUCUUCUGGUGUCGUUUCUGUACCAUGUUACACGCUGCUGAUUUGUACAAGCCCACGUGGUACGAUGACCUGGAGAACUGGUGGAGGGGCGAUGGCAUCUGUAUAGGACGAGAUAGGUGGGACCACAGAAGCAAAGUCAGCAAUGAUGGGACACCUAAAUGAAAUCGAUGGUGACAAAAGCCGAGAAACUAAAAGACAAAAAAA